AUGCUAUAUGUCCACCAUUCGAAAAUGUUAUCAUUGUCAACUUUUGUACCAGAUCCUAGUCUAGUUAUAUUUUGUGCUAUACAAUUAUUAAUUUUAAUGUUAUGUUUAAUUACAGUACCGCAUAAUCAUUAUCAUCAUCAUAGUGAUAAUAAUUAUGAUUUUGGAUACUGUACACCUCAUGUGAAUAAAUCAUCAUCUCAAUUAUCUUCAUGUAAUACUAUUCAAUCAAAUUAUCAUACUAUUACUACUACGACUACUACUACUACUAAUACAGCCAUUAGUAGUAGUUGGUUACCGAAUGAUUUAAAUUGUAAAAUUAUCCCUACAUUAGGCUUAUUUUAUUUAGAUAAAAAUGAAGAAAAUUAUACAUUGACAUUAUCAUCAACAAAUCUCUCAUCAUCUUCAUCAUCUCCAUUCAUAUUAUAUAAUUCCACAAAAGAAUUAAUGAACUAUCUGUCACCAUCAACAGAUUACUGUCAAAUGAAUAUACUUUAUCGUUAUAUUGAAUAUUUCACAUGUGAAUUAACUCGUCUUCUAUUAUGGCUUGAACAAGGUAAACCAGCUGGUUUAAAAAUCAAUAUUCAUUUAUCCUAUUUAAUGGGACAAUUUUUUUUAUAUCAUAUAUUAGCAUGGCGUUCUUAUGUUACAUUUAUUAUUUAUUUAUUAAUUGAUUUAAUGAAUCAAUUAAAACAAUUCACUGGAAUUGAUUCAUUCAAUAAUCACGAUCAUCAUUAUCAUUAUCAUUACAUUUUAAUCAAUAUUAUAACAAUCAUAUGUUUAUUAAUGAGUACAAUUUACUUAGUAACAACAUUAUCUAUAUAUCAAUAUAAACACUAUUAUCCUCUUCCUCCUGCUCCUCCCCCCUAUGUUUAUAUUGUAUCCUUAUUGAGAAUGUUUAUGAUUUAUAUAUCAACAAUAAUACGUUUAUUGUUUAGUUUAUUAAUUUGUUUAUUAUUAGAUACAAUUGAAUUGAUUACAUUGCAUUUAACAAGCUUUUAUAUAUAUGCUACACAUUUACUUCGUUUACAAUUGAAAACAAUAGCUGCUUCAUGGCGUCUAUGUCGUAAUAGUUCUAAAUGGAAUCCAUUACGUAAUCGUGUUGAUAAAAUACCGGAUAUGUAUCUUGAUUCUAAUGAAUUUUUCUUAUCAGUUAGUUCAUUACAGAAGAAAAUUUCAUCAUCCUCAUCAUCAUCAUCUCCAUCAUCACCGACAAUAUUAUCGACGGCUACUACUACACCAGGAUUUUUCAACGACAAAAAUCACUGCCAAAAACAACAAUCAGAAAGAUCAAUUGUGCGACAAGAAAAUGUAUUGUAUAAAUUUAUUUCUCAUAAAAAAGAUUCUGAUAUUAUUCUAUGUGAUCAAUUGACUAAACAAACAUGUGGAGUAUAUCUGGAUCGUUUAUUAGUUUCCACUUUAUUGGGUCUUGCUAUUGGAUUAUGUUUAUUUACUACGACAAUAGCAUUUUAUAUUACAUUUGCAUCUGUUCAAUUGGUUUUACUACUGAUUAAAAAUAGUUUAAAAAGUUUAGUUUGGUUUAUUAUGGAUUUCCCAUUGGAAUCUUUAAUAUUCUGGUUAUUGAAUAGUCCAAAUUAUCAAACUAAGCUAAUUCUGGAAGCACCGCGAAUGGACUCAAAAUAUUUUCCAUUUCUACAAUUAAAAGUAACUAGAAUUGAUUUCACUGAAAUGUAUCAUCAAAAUCAUUUAUUGCAUAAACCAUUAUUUCCAUCAAAUUCAUUAUCUUUCAUGGAAAUAUUCUAUCGUCUUUUAUCUGCUCAAGAUAUUCGAUAA